AUGGCAAGCAUCAAUACAACGGAAACAGUGAAUGUAGGAUCCUGGAUUUUGUCAUCUGACAGAUUUCUCACUGAAGACCAAACGCUGAUUAUGAAUAUCACAAUGGGAAUUCUGGGAAUUGUUGGUAAUUUUAUUGUAUGUUUUGUAUUUCUGAGGGUAAAGUCCCAAUUACGUACACUCACUAACAUGUUUAUUCUAAACCAAUCAGUACUUGACCUGUUUACUUCAGUUGUCUUUCUGAUUAGAAAAACUGGUCCGCGUAUUGUUGUGCCUGUCGGGGUAUUGGGUGAGUUAUAUUGCAAACUGUGGAAGUCUGGAUAUACUACCUGGUCGUUGUUAAUGGCGUCUUCUUUGAAUCUAAUCGUACUUACACUAGAACGCUAUUUGGCAGUGGUUCAUCCCAUCAAACAUAGAAACAACAUAACCAAACGAAAGGUCCAAAUUGUUAUUCCGUUCAUAUGGGUAGUUCCGGCCUUACUGGAAUUGUUUUGGGCAUUUGCAAACUAUAAUGACGGCUUUGGAAACUGCCGAAUUGAGUGGUACAGUAAAUUCGUAGCUAAGUUUUCGGGUGUUAUUUUCUUUCUUUUGGAGUUACCAAUACCUCUGGGUGUUAUCAUAGUCGUGUACACCCGUAUAAUAUUUCAACUAUUGAGCAGGUCGCACAAUCAAGAGACACGGGAUAAUGAGGUAUCUUGUUCUGUCAAAAGAGACAAUAAAUGCCUCCCAGAGGCACAAAAUUGCAGUGAGGCAAAUUUACGUGUUUCUCUUACUACAGGGGGUAAUUCUGUAAAUGUGACCAGGAAAGAUAAGGCAAAACAGAAGCAAGAUUCCUCUUUCGAUCGUUCACGCAGGAAUGUCACUAAAACAAUGUUCAUUGUCUCUGUCGUGUACGUAAUUUGCUGGACACCCCAGUCAUUUUGGUUUUUUCUUUUCAAUGUCACGGAGACCGUUCCACUAUACUCCCGUUUCCAUGACAUCGCCGUGCUAUUGGCAUUUCUAAAUAUGUGUGUAAAUCCCGUAAUAUAUGCAUUCCAAUAUCGCCAGUUUAGAAUUGCUAUUAUGAAAGCGUUCAAUUGUCCUAUUAAUAAGAUUGCCGACUCAUCCCAUGAAUCGAGAUUUGCCAAUACAGUCACCUGA